AUCUAAUCAUUUCAACCGAUUGAACCCCUGCAUCUAAUCCUGAAUAAAAUUACUCAACAAUUCCUUAGUGGGAUGCAGAGGAUAAUGGUUGCAACUAGUGCUGGAAUAUAUGUGCUGUGAAAAGGUCUCCCAACAUGAGAGACUUCACCUAGACUGGCGUAAAGCUUUUUCUACUGCAACUAAACUGGAGCAAUACCUUCAAGUCAACGUGAAAUGUCAACUGACAUAAAACUGGGCAGGCUACAUUUGCUCCUAGUCCUUGUUCAAGGGGUAGGUCGUCUCGAUUAUGAUCUUUAUUGCGUUCUUAUGGUAGACUGCAAAGGUGGAAUGUCAGACCUGUUAACACAGUAGGCAGGAAGAGCCAACCCAUAUGGCAAAGAGCACACGAUGAACCAAAUGUUAGAUUACAAAACAUAGGCGACAUCAAGUAGUAUUAUGCAAUGGUGUAAAAAAAAAUGAAGCCUUGGUGAAGUAUGCUUGGUGAUGCAUGCAAAAUGAGGGAAAAUCGCUCUCGGGUUGCAUUGGUUGUGCAAUAUCUGCAUGCAUAUUGUAAAGCAUUGUGCACACAAAAUGAUCGUUGCUAAUGAAAACAGUGCACAUAUAGACAGGCGGCUAUAUCACGCCCCGCUGGGAGAAUAAGAGAAAACCCUCGAAAAAUUCUCGCUCGGGUCUACGAAGUGGAGUUACCCUCACUUCCUAGUUUACAGCUGCUGUCAUAGCUCGGCUAACACCCUUCUUCCUCCAUAGCCAGCAAACAAAUUUCGACAACAUUUACAGCUCCCUGCUGUUGCUGCUGCUGCUGCUGCUGCAACGACUGCGCUUCCUUCAAGUCUGCUGCCCAGAGUAAGAGCCGAGCUCACGUCUGGUUACAGUCGGGCAUUAAAAUAAAAUACACUUACAUUUCACCACCCUGUCCGUCGUAGAUAACUUCGGUUCAUCAUUCGGCUUGUUUUCGGACAUUUCCAGUGUGAUAUAAUAUUGAGAUAUAGCAGAAAUGAGACUGAAAACGGUCCCUGCGUUGCUCUUGCCGAACAACUCUUGAGUCUAUCCGAAGAAAGAGACCGCAAUGAUCUCACUCGGUCCUAUCUGCGGCCAAAAAUACUUGCAACAGGGUUACAAUUUCACUGCUGGAGCUGGAGGAGCUGCUCUGUCUGAUUUACUGUUACUCUGUAUCAAGUUGUCUGAGCGCAGUGCGCAGUCUAACCUGCUGACAACGAGGACCCGCCCCAAAGACAAAAGAACUCUUCCUAUUGGUGGAGAGCGACAGGCUGCUACUCUCGUCGUACAUUCACUUUUAUCAAAGGGCUGCUUCGGUGUCAAUCUGGCCUAGUAUGAAGAACUGGUAUGAAUAACAUGAUUCAUUUUCUUGAUAUGAAAAAGAAAGUUAAUGAACCGCUGAACUCUCAGUUCCUCAUAAAUCCAUGCAGAAAUGUAAUGCAUGUGUAUGUAUGCGGGAAAAUGGUCACAGAAAUCUUAAAACCCUAAUUUCAAAACAGUUGAGAUGCUGUCUAAAGUGUUGAUCAAACACCUUGAUGGUUUUAAAAUCACCUAAACUCUAAAUUUAACUGAGAACAGACCAAAGACACCAAACCAAACAUUUUUAGGCCUACAGAUUUGAUAAAUCUUAAUGUAAAAUACACAGAUGAUCAAUUUAAAGCCCUGUAACAUGUCUCCAAAAAGUGCUUUUCUUUGAACAACAUUGAGUAAAGACCAGUUUGUAGCUUUGGCAGCAUAUAUGUUGCUACAAAAUCUGUAUAGGGGAGAGUGGGGUAAGUUGAGCCACCCCCUGUUGCUUGGAAAUGGUAAAAGAAAUUGAUCAUGUGACCAAAUAUUUAGGAGAUGGGCAUCAAUUCAUGGAGUCUGUGAAGAUUAGAAGCACAUGGGGGAAGGGGUAAGACAUUUAUUUACAAAAAAAUCUAUGAGCUACAACAUGAGGUCAAAAACCCAGCAUAGAAGUCCACCAUUUUAGCUUAGAGGACUAAGGACCAGUGGCUCAACUGAGAAAGUAAAGAAGUCUGAUAAGAGGAUCAGAGUUUCAGUUCAGAUUGUUGAAAUGUGUUACUUUUUCUUUUCAAAAAUACAGCUGUGAAUGUUCUGAAUCACUUAAAGACAUUCUAAUGUUAAAAUGUCUCUUUACAAAACAGCUUUUUAGCUGUUAUAUGCAAUUAUUAUUAUUAUUAUUAUUGUACCAGUUGAAUAGUGUAUAAUAGAUAAAAGAUUCACAUGAAUGCGAAGAAGUGACUGUAAUUUAGGGAGAGAGAAGGUGAGGGAGGGCUUACCCCAUACACGGGGUAAGUUGACCAUAGGAGACCACUUUUUUUUGGCAUGCUAUAUUAUCAAGACAGUUUAUGUUUACAUUCAUUCUGUUGGUUUGCAGGGAUGCAAAACAUCUUGAUCACAACAUCACAACAUAUAUGCAGAUACAUCUCAUCUUACUCCACUCUCCCCUAUAUAUUGUUCAGCAUUAAUAGUGUCUUACCAGAUGUGCUAACUAUCCAUGCCAUGGCCUCUCCUGUACUCCCACACUAUUCCAGAUGCUGUUUUUUAAACUGCGCACUGUUACGAAGCUCUGUGGUUUCUCUCAUCUUAAGCGCAAGAGAUGUUGGCAGUAGGUAAGUAGGGAAAUAAAGCAUGUUUCUUACUGAGUUCACAAAAGCAAUGGAUAUUCUUGCUCCCAUGAAGAUAAGCCAUUUUGGUUGAGUAUUUUUCUCUGGUGCCACCUGCAGGGAAAAGUGUCAAUGUCCAAACAAUCAAAUUCACAUUUCUAUUCAGAUCUCUUCAACAAAUACAAAACUAUUCCUGCUACCAUGAAGAUGAACCAGUAUGGUUCAAUGAGUCCAUUCUUCCUCCAUCAACCCAUUUUACAACUUCAGUUUCGGUAAUCGCUUCAUCAACAACAUAAGGUAUGUUAUUUUUCUUUUCACAAAUGUGCAAAUGCAAAAGAAGAGAAGCCACUACAGGUGCAGAGUAUACUUUGAGGUUCUUUUUCAGGGUUCAUCUGAGUGACACACAGAAAUGAACAAGUGAAGUUUAUGGCUCUUCAUGCAUGAGAACAGAACAAUAUACGGUGAGUCACAGAGUACAUGGCAUUCGCAAUCUACAUGAAGGAGAACUCAUUGUUCACCUGCUCAUUUUCUCAAUAGUUGAGCUUUUCAGUCACCCCGGGGCCGCACAAAGGGAAUAAAUGGUGGCAAACUGCUAUUAGUGAGACAGUGGUGUGGUAUGAGUCAGUUGUUUGGCAGGUGGGGGCAGUUAAUGAAGCCCUGAGUUUUUUUUAUUUGCCUCAAUGAGGGACGGUGCCAGAAGGUCAGAACAUCCCAGGCUUUUAAUGUCCGCCUGUAGUAGAGACAUUCACAGCACAUCAUUAGUUUCAACACGCCUCAGGUUCUAGUGCCCUGCUUUGCAUCCACACCUCUGCAGACUUAAUUAAACUCCAGUUGAGUCUACGACUUUCUGGUCACCUGUUAUCUGCUUCACAAUGACCUUUGUGUUUAUUAUGUGCUGUUUGUGUUCAUAUAAACACCCACUCGCUCUUAUUUUAGGCGGCUUAUUAUAAAAUGAUUUUUGUUACUUGUUGUUCUAGUCGUUCAUUUUCAUUUUCAUUUUCAGUUGCCUGUGCUGUGGUGUUUGUUUUUAUUAUAAAAGAAAGUUGCAUAUGUAACUAGAAGAUAAGUUAUAACAUAAAGUUUUCACUUCAAAAUCUGACAAUGGAUCCUCAUCAUACUCAGUGUUGUUUUUGUCUCACCAUGCUGCCCUCUACAGUGACUGAACAUUAUCUAGAGCUCAACUUUUUAUGAUUUUAUUUUACAUGGCAAGACAUUUAUAAAAACCCACUCCCUGUCCAAGGUUUGAGUGUGCCAUUACAAGUAACAUCUGCACUCAAAAGCUGAACAUGAGUGAUUGAUUCCUGAUGGAAAACAUCACAAAAUCACUUUCAUACUGCCAGAUUUCAAAUUAAUUCCACUGACUAAGUUGCUUGAAAUUGUCGCCAACAAAUGAAGUGUUGAUGGAUUGAUAUUUUUCUCAGACAAAAAGCACUUUCAAGCUUGUUCUCUAUCAUCAGAGCAGAUAGCCAGGCUAACGUUAGCUCAGAAAGUCUAAUUUCUUUUUCCAGUUAAGUGUAGCAGGAAACUCCCUCUUAUCUGAGCUCCUCCUGACAAUAGUAGUACUGUUUUACAUGUCACUGUAGAGUGAGACCUGUAGACCAACAGCACUGCAGCCAUGAGCCAGACAGGUGAGCUGUCCGUUUGUAUUUAUUCUUUAAUUAAUCAUUACAUUUGGUUCAACUAGAAAUGGUUAGUUGUGUUGAUAUAAGAUUCAAGCCUCCUUUCUGCUACAGGUAUAUCUAGUAUAACCUAAAUGUGUGCUUAAGAUGUUAAUAAUAGGAGUUUUUUCAUGGUAUUAUAAAUACUAAGAUGCCCAUAUGUCAAUAAAAGAUGCCAAUCACUUGCAGCUAAGGAGCUGUUAAUCAUCUAUGAGACAGAGGCAGAGCAAUGGGCCACCUACCUGCACUCAGUCUUCACCGGUACAGUCUCAGAGGCAGGGAUCUGCUGCUAUGACAUUGCUACUGCGUCCAGCUGGCGGGAAGAUUUCCUCACCUUGGCCCAGUACACCUGCAAGCUCCUAAUUCUUUCCAAAGGCAUGCUGGAGGGUCUGUGUCAGAUGCGGCGCUUCUUCCUGGCCCGUGUUUUGAGUCCUGCAACUCACGUGGUGGUGCUGCUUUGCGGCGUGGAGAGUCUGACCCCGCUGCUGGAGAUGGUGCCGCUGAACGGAGACGAGUGUCUGCAGAUCUCCAGUGAACAAGAUGCUCACGAGUACCUGUCUGCUGUCACUGACAUAGUGAAGAAAGGUAUGUCAUUAGCAACAAAAUGACUAUAUGUUGUCCUUUUUUUGGACCCCAAACCACCUGUUGACAAACCUUUAACUAUGAUUUCAUUAAUGGUCAAAAAAGUUUGCUUAAGGACCUCAAAGGAGGCCUUCAAAUAGUCAUAUCUUUAUGAACUUAAUGACAUUUUUCAUACAUUCAACUUAAUGUUAAUCCUAGCAAUAGUUUGCAUUAAAAAAACUUUCAAAACUUUAAUAUAGUUAUUAUAAUAGUACAAUCCUCAUGACUUGUGCUAAAAGCAGUAUUUUUAUUGUUGUAUGGCACUGAUUGAUUGAUAUUCUUUCAACUGAAGAAAAAAUGAUCAAUCAGUCUCAGCCAAUUUAACACCUACGACACAUGUUCAAAUGCAUGACAGGGAAAAGCACUGAAAUCUAGCCACAAUUUGUACACUAGCCUUCAAAACCCAGGACAAAAAUCCUCUUCUGCAAACACUUCCUUCAGGAAAAGUGUCGCAUGGCCUUGCUGUUCCUUCACCAUGAGUGUGUGGAGAAAACAAUACUCAUUAUUUGUGAGUAUUCCUGAGCAGCAGCUUGGAAACUUGUUUACCGAUUUUUUUUUUCUGGGAGAAAAAUGUGAAUUUAUGAUUGAUGUCCAAUACUUUUUAGCAGCAGCAUCUUUAACAAAGCGGUAAUAUAUGUAGCAUGUCCUCAUCUGCUCCACUAAUUAUCCUCCCUGCCUCCUUCCCUGUUUUUCCUAAUUGCUCUAUUUGUAUAAGAUCAUAAAGCGGAGGAGGGGGGCUUGUAUUUAAACAGGUGUGUGUGCAGGAACAACAUCUCAUGCAAAUGCAGAGCAGUCUUUCCUCUUUGGCUGCCGCUGACAAUUCAUUGCCAGCCAUGCAAAUUCAAGUGCACUCUGCAUUGCUUCAUUGCACUGAUACAGUGAAGUGGUUCAGGCCAGGAUCCCACAAACAGUUAUAUUUUAAACUAGAAGUACCCUUCCCUAUUCAUACAGGAUGGAGCUGUUUGUUUGUUAGCUCAUGCAACAGACAUGUGGGUGUUUGAUGAGUUUCUUUGUUCAGAGGGGAAGAAAGUGCACUUGAUGGCUAAGUGAGCAACCACUUAUGUAACAGAAAUAAAAACUCUUUUUUUAAAACAUUAGUUUUUACUGACAUACAGUUGCUGAUAAGCCAAAGCUAUGCUAUAUUACAAGCCUUUAGUAAUGUAAGCUGUAAGUACUGUAACAAAAAUCAUUCUGUAUUCUAAUUUGUUAUUUGAAAUGGUAAAGAAAUGCUUGAACUUAUGUGUACUUAAGUAAGUUCCCAAACAAGGUCACCCAACCAUGGACUUGAUCAGCCUUUUCUAAAAUAACUAUUUUAACCAUAGACUGUAUAUAGAAUGGACACCGUCUGCCUCCUCACUGGAUGAAGCUACCACGAGAACAGCACCCUCUGGUGACGGGCUGCAGUAUAUGUCAUAAGUCCCGCCUCCUCCAGCAAUCCCUAUGGAGCUGUGGACAAACUUUAGAAAUUUAUUACACAGAAUAGAAAAUUUUUCUCCCACCUGCUUGCGAUGUUGACAUGUAGUUAUUGUAAGACUGGUUUGUGCUCAAGUCCCCUUUUUUCUGUACAGCUUAAUUACUCUAAGUUAUCAGGGGGUUUAUGUUUUCUAUGAUUGACACUUGAUGCAGCCUAUGGGUGUACAAAGAUUGCGUAGCUCACCCGGGGGAUACGCUGUCUGAGCUGAGCAUCAUCACAGCCAAUGUCUUGGCGACUCUCCCACCGACAACUCUACUGCGCAAUGUUGGUCUCUGAAAGUGGAGAAAAAACUUGGAAAUACCGAGAGCUUUUUGGCUUCAAACCCGUAUACUGGUGGAAGGCGGGGCCAAGUUGUCCAUAGUAUAUACAGUGUAUGAUUUUAACCUGCAGACAUUUUUUUACAAUGUUUAUUCACCAACUUUCUUCAGUUUGCAGCCCAACAUUUGUAAAAUAAUGAAAAACAAAACUCGUAAUGAUAGGAGGCUAUAACGUGCGUACGAUUACUUUUUAAGUUAUACAAUAUCAAACAAGGUUUUAUGUACUAGCAUUUGUCUUAUUGAACAAACUCACCUGUGAUUAUUGUUGGGAUGCUAAUAUUAGCACACUAAACAGAAAGAAUGUGGGUGAAAAUGUUUUGACAUUUUGACCAAAUAAUGGUUGAAGCAGUAAAACUGAGGGAUCACCAAGUAAUUCUUCAACAUCCUGCAAAAGACUUGAAUAUCUGUACCAGAUUUAACUGCAUUUUUUAAAACAAUUGUGGAGAUGAGCUGCUGAAAAUCAAAGUCAGGGGAAUCACAAAGUCAGUAUGAUUCACCCUCAAGGGAAGAAAAGGAAAAUGACUGUUUGUGUUUUACUAUCAUUAUGGCUAAUAGAAAUAGAGGGAUAGUUUAUGGUGUCUGAUAUGCAUACAAAAUAUAGUCUGUCCCAUCUGUUGUAGGCAUGUCAGCAUCAGCAAAUGACAACCCUGUGACACGUAAACUAUCAAGAUCAGAGCAAAAUGCAGAACAAGUGCAGUCGACUGGAGCCCACAGUGCCAGAUCCAGCAUAAUGGUGGUUCCCUCCAGGGUUUCAUGCAGGGUGAGAGACUCAUCUAGUCAGUAGUAAGCCAUUUCUUUUUUCCAUAAAGCAUCCACAGCAUUGAUUACACUGCAGUUCACUUUACUGAAUUCUUGGCAGAGCUCCAUGGAAGUGUUCAUUCUUUUGAAAAACGAGGCGGCUGGCAGCGAUGCUGAGGUUGAGUUCAGUGGUGAGAAUCAGACAGUGAGAGUGAAGCCUGCCCGCUGGAACGAGCACAUACUGUGCAUCAAUGCACCAGGUGAAUAACAUACUACCAAAGCGUGAAUGUAGCAUUAGCAUCACAACAAACCAUUGAGAUAUUUAAUCUGUUAAUUUUCUUCUAUUGCAGAUUUUCCAGCAGGAAAGGUAGAAGUCACAGUAUACAGCAACGGAGCACCACUGAGCAGGGCACAUCUGCAGUACUACACUACCAUGGAGGAAAUAACCAGCCUUCUGUCAAAGGCAGCAGACCCUGUGGAUUUUAUGUGUCAAGUAAACCCUGUGUGCAAAAAUAUCACCUUAAAAUAUUCAAGCUUUUGGUGCUUUGCUCAACAAGCCUGCCGUUUUGAUGUUUAGAAGUUAUAUUAUGUCCUUUUUGAUGUGCGUGUUAAGCCACUACACAACCUGAUAAACAUGAAUGUGAGCUAUCAAUAGGGUGCUGUCCUGACUGUGAAAGACAGGUGAGCUAGAGUUACACGUUUAUCAGGAAAUUUAAAAUUAGGAGCCUGGUGAUGAAAAAAAAAAAUAGUGUUUAUCAGACUGGACCCAUGCCAGAAACAAACAGUGAGCAUGUCACAUGUUUGGAUUCAGAACAGUCACUCUUUCAUCCAUUAGUUUGGAUGGUGCAAUCCAAAACAAAGGGCCUCUUAAUAGGAAGCAACAGGAAGUUAAUUUAUUUUUUGAAUUGAAUCAUAAUCAUGACAUGAGCUAGAAAUGUGGCUUAACUUUUGCAAAAGCUUUUCAUUGACAUUUCCAAACUUAUUUUUUUUAUAAGGGCUAAACUCUGCAAUGAGAGGUCAAUGUCACAUUAAAGGAAUAGUUCAUUUUCUUUGGGUACUUGUUAAUAGCCACAGGGGUUCCUGAUCAUCUUGGCCCCCUUUGUUGAGAAACCAGCAGAGUAUUAUGAUAGAAGCAAUGGAUACUUUGGCAUGUGGACCUGGAAUUGGACCCCCAGCCUCCUGAUUUGUCUUUGUCUUCCCCUCCAGCAGCUAACAUUGUGUAUAUUAAGCGCAUAUGAGUGAUGCAGACUGCAGCUGUAUGUAAUCCACUGGUAUCCUUUUAUUAAGAAAGGUAUAAAAUACUGUUGUAGUUCCACUCAUGUAGUGGGUAGUUCUCUUGGUUUGUGGGCAAGGACUCACAAUUUACACAUCUGAACCACCAGGUAACUUGGGAUCUCUCCUGCUCUCCAGUUUGCAGUUUUUCUUCCUGUUUUUCUUUCCAUCAUUGAAUCUUGUUCCUCUGGCCUGUAAAGGUGUCUAUAUGUGUCCAUGGUUAACAGCAUGUCACCACUCAUUCUUAAGUUUGUUGUAUUUUUGUCUUCAAGGCCUGCGUCCCUAAACAGCUGAUCGGUGCACUGCAGAUUAAAGGUCACCCAUGAGCCACAUCUGAAAAUAGCGCAAAAAUGGAUGAGCGUUCUUACGGGACAGUAAAGCACUGCAGUUCCAAAAUAGAGUGUGCACUUACACCAAGAUUGGUGUUUUGGUUGGAGUUCCUUAGAAUUAGCUAAAUUAAGAGGUAGUCUACUUUGCUUUCUCAACAAAGUGGGCGAGUUGAGCCACACCUCCUGCAGCUAAUACACUCACUAUUGACAAGUACCUUGUGCAACCCCACUUCUAAAAGGGAAAAAGAUCUCAGAAGAUUUAACUUUUGUACGCAUAUUAAAAUAACUCCAUCCAUAAUUGGUUUAGUAAAGUACAAAGCACGUUAAAGAGACAAGCUUUUCUCUUGUUUCUCAAUAAAAGGGAGUCCACUGAGGAGCUCUGAAUUACUUAGUGACUCAUUUUUAUGUAACUCAGUUAUAGAAAUUAGUCAAUGGCCACACAAAAACACUGCCUAUAAUCGAUCCACUUAGAGCCAUUUGAAGGAGGUGGAGAAACAGAAUGAAUUGAGUCAGCACACAUCUAAUGUUUAUGUGCGCCACUGUUUACAGCCUCCUCUCUGGAACUUUGGAGAUGGCAGCCUUCUCUCAGCCAUGAACACUUGAUUGGAUUAGGUCUCUUUUGCUGAAGAGGCAAACUCGAGUGUUGCCAAAAGAAGAAUUUGCCAAGUGUAUUUCAAACUUAAAGAGUCAGCUGGCUUGAAAUUCAAACGGGUGUCUUAACUGUGCAUCUAGAGUUUGUAUUUCAAACGGAAAUCAAAGCAUUUUCGCUGUUUUAAGAGGGUGCUUUUGUUUGUUAGUCAGGUUUUAAAUUAAUUCUUAAUUUCCUGAAAUUGGUUUUCUUUAUAGUCUCCCUUUAAUAAAUCAUUUCAACCUCUUGAGUGUUUGAAAGCUGUCUUUUCUUUGAAUUUCAGGCUCUUCAGGAGUCGUCUGUAGAGGGGCUGGAUCAGAAGUUGUCUACUAUGCUACUAGAGAAGAUGCCCACUGGAGGCUUCCAGGGUCUUCAGUGUCGAAACACACCAGAAAAAGGUAAAAUAUGUUUGUAAUCCUGUCGUAAAACUUUCCAUCAAAGUUAGAUCGCCUCUGUUCCUCACAUAUAAAAAGUGAGGUCAUCGUUGUAGCAGGUCCGUCCGUUUAUUUCCCUCUGAGCAUGUGUCUGGACUGAGCAGACUUCUCACAGUUGGAGGGAGUUCCUGUUGCAUGAUGCACAUUAUCCAACAUGAAAAAGAAAACCUUCCAUUAUUGCUGAGCUCAUUAUGUUGCAGAUUGAUGGCUUCAUCAGCCCCUGAGAUUGAUCCUUAACUCUGCUACAAAGGGCACAGGGAAAUGUCUCCAUGAUAAACAAGUCAAUAAGCGCCUCCAAGGUGCUUUUCUUCAACUCUCCUGAUUGUGUUAGAUUGCAGCACCUCAACCUCAAGUUAUCCCCCUGCAGAGAAAGCCAUUUCCGUGGUGUUAUCACAGCUGAGGAGCGUAAUGCUGUUCAUUUUCAGGCAUUGCUGCAGAGUCACUUUUUAAUGCUAUGUUCCCCCAACCUAAUCAGAUUUCCCAAAUGUCCCUUUUAGAGCUCCACCACGCAGACGGGCCAUCACUCCUCCACUUUGCUGCCCAGUUCGGCCUCAAGAGUGUCUCCAGCCUCCUCCUGCAGUGUCCGGGCGCCGAGCGAGCCCUGCACACAGCCAACCGCCAGGGACAGACUCCAGCUGAGAUCGCCAAGAGUCAUGGCCAUACAGAGCUGCAUGUCUUAUUGAAGGAAACACUGGUAACUACUUCCUCAUGGGCUAUUUGCAACUCACAGCCAAUCCAGUCUUUGGUUUUAUUGGCUUUCAAUAUCUUGCUCCAGUUGGUAUUCAUUUAUCACAGCAGAAAACACUCUUCAGCGUCAUUGACCCUCACACGAUGAAGACAUUCUUCAAAUUGCCAAUAUCUGAUGACAGCUUCUCAUGUUUGGUGAUUUGUGAGCUAAUCAACACAACCCUAAUGACAUUAUUUGUCUGCCUGGAUGUAAGUUUUUUUUAAAGAAUUCUAUAGUUUACAGUUUUCCACUGACAGAUGGAGAAAAAAACAACACAAUGCACCUUUGCUUGUGAGAUUUCACAGCCGGGGGAACUAGUUCAGCACUCAGGAAUGCUAUAACAAACACCAGGACAGCGUUAGGGCUCUGAGUGAGUGGUGCUUUAUCAAUUAUGAACAAAAUGGAGAGGAUGAAAAAGGUGGAGAGCGGUGAGAGCGACCCGUAUAUCAGGGGUGACCUCGCUCCUCUCCUAACCAGUGUCUUUUCAUCCAGCGAGUGUCGCAGCCUCCCCUCUCAUCCUGAAUGUGUUUGGCCUGCAAGGUUUCUAAUGGAACACCCCCACAGAGACUAGAAAGGCUGUGUUUGUUCAUGCAUGCACAAUGGCUCACAGCGCUGGGUCGUCUGCAUACAUUCAGACAAUUAGCGCAUCCGCUAAUGUCAAGACUUUCUUGCGUAAUGGCUGCCAUUUUCUCAUGUAAAUAUGAAGAGCCCCUUCCCUCUGAAGCCCCUAUCUUACAGGGUAGAUACAGGGACACAAGAGCAACACGUUUAAUAGCUCCUCUGCAUGCAUGCACACUCAUUUAUCUGACAAACCUGGAGGACACUCGCAUUAUAGUGUUUUUUUCCAAUACUAAUUUCAUUAAGCAGUGAGGACAUUAUCAUUAUGGAAAAGAUUUGAUGCGCCCAGUGGUGUAGCCAAGAUGUCAGGCACAUUGCGAAUACUUUGCGAAUAGUUAACUACACAGACAAGCACAAUGAAAGAAACAAUCAUCUUUGCCUGGGCCCAUAUUUGCAAUACUCUAUAUGUUUGUUUUAUGCAAAAAUGUACCUCAGUUAGAUAAACACAACUGUGUUUACAUAAGUUUGUUUAGCUUUUAUGUAAGUUUUGUCAGUCUGGUGUUUUUGUGACAGCUAGAAGCCUGCUCUACCGCUUUGAUCUUUGCUGUAGUUGCUUCUGCUGCCUGAGAGUUUCUUUCGCCAGAGAAACCAUUGGUGUCUAUACUUUGAUUGGCAAAAGCUAACAUAUAAAACCUUUUUUUUUUUCACUCAAUGCAUUAAGCCAUGGAAAUAUUUGAAUAAAAUAUUGUUAGUGACAGGCAAUGAUCAAAAUUUGUUAAUUUCAAGCAUGAGAAAAUGUUGCUUACUAGCUUUAAUUGAAUAUGAGAAUGCAGAGCUAUUAUUACAGAUCCCAGAAAUCGAACGAAACCCUGCAACAGUGAUGAAGGCACAGAGGGCUCAGAACCCCAUGCACAAUGAUAGUGCAAACAGUUGCUUCAGAACACCUUUUUUACUCAGUAAUGUUGCUAACCUGCUGCAAAUCAACCUCAUCAGUUAGGAUAUGUUUCCUCAAGUAUUUUUUCUUUCAUAGCAUUAAGGUCCUUACACCCCGGGAACGACGCAAAUAUACAACGCAAGAUAAUGAAAUAUUCAGAGGAGAAUCUUGACUCGCCUGACUAUACACAUCAAGUGCAAUGUGUAUCUGUAAAAUGUCAUAAUUAUCAGGUAUAAAGACAACAGAAUAGAGUGAGAAGCCACCCAAAAAGUGCUCAAACACACAGAAGAUAAAUAAAUUUAUUGGGCCCAAACAAGAUUUUAAGCCUCUAAAUUGUAUCAGGGUUGUGGCAAAACAAUUAGAGAUGGAUUUACGCAUCUACAACCAAAGCACGACUGGAACUGAUCUGUUCAGACACAGACUGAUCAUUGAUUGUCUUCCUUUGGGAGCACCGAUCAUUUAAAGCUCUUAUCAUUAUCAGCUGUAGAAUUUUGUAUAUUACAUCUGUUUGUAACAGAUAAUAGUUCACCACUCAUCCAUUCAUGUGGAAACCUUGACUCUUAUCUGCCAUCUUCUCUUACAUACUGACAACAUUUCACUUCCUCUGAUGGCCUGGACUGACAUAUAGAGAAUUCCCUCCUCUGGGGAAAUUUAGAUUCUCCAACAGCUGUUGCAAAUGUAUUAAUCCCCCCCUAGCAACAGCGCUAAUUGAGAGUGACUACAGAUGGAGUAAGGUUUGAUCAGAUCGCUCUAGUGAGUCAAAGUGCUCACUGUGAGAGCAUGAGCAGACAGAGGAGCAGCCAAGUCAAGCAGAGGUCUCCCCACAGGGACAUCUACAAGCCUGUAGUUGUAACACAUCAGACACAUCUGACUCUGACAUUUCUGUGUGGUUUUUCUGGAAGGGUAAUUAAAACUCAAGUUGACAGCUCAAACUAUAGACACACUGCUCUUUGUGUGGCGCUCAGAGGACGUGUAAGAGUCAGCAUUGUGGCAUAGGGUUUUGUUCUUGCCCUUUUUUUCACUUGGCAUUUUCAUUAACUCAUCUGCAGCAUUUCCCCCCCUACCUCCAAUUAAUCAACCCAUGAUGCAUCAGUGAUUUGGGCGUCAGAGUAGCAGCACUCUGUCAAUAAAUCCUAGAUGGAUCGGUCCCCUGCUUCAUACAGAGGCUGAAUCACUCACUGGGCCUGCGUCAGAUCCACUCGUUUGCCCUGGCACCGCACUUCUUUGUUAAUUAGCUGUGAACUGCUCCAGAGGGGAAGACUGAAUUAUUUAGGAAGAGUAUAACAAGAAUACAAAUAUAGAAAAUACUCUGCUGUUAUGUUUACGUCCUAACGCUGCAAUAUCCUGCCUGCUCAGAGUGAUUACAGACACAAUCACAUUAUUCUUAUUUAAUUAUUUUCUCCUCAUACUGGGCCACACAUUUGGCACUCAGUGACUUCUUUGCAACCAAGUGUCUUUGUGCGCCCUCAUGAUGUAAAUGCAAAUUAGUGUGAAAGCGUACAAUCCUCCAAAGACUACGAAGAACUAUUUAUGCACUGCAUGCUCUCUUUGUGUACAGCAGAACCAAAUUAGUGGCUUCCUGUACUGUCGUCCAGGGCUUCACUCACUCCUCAGCCCUUAUUUUGCAUGUUCUGUUUGCAUGAAGCUGUGACUACAACAUCGUAAUCAGCAAACUCCUCUGAUUUGAUUAUUAUUUGAAUGAUACGGCCAUGCUCCCUUGUCACAAAGAAACUGUUCUCAUUCCUAAGGCUACAGCUGGCAUCACAAAGGAUGGGUAAAAUUUGAUCCAAGCUUAAGCUCUGUGAGUCAUUUUAAGCAAAGUCACUUAAGGGGAAGUGAAGUUAACCUCUUUUUCAGAUAUCUAGUCUCAAUGUAACACAAAUGGAUGGAUAACCAUCAAUUUUAUUUUAUAAUCUUGGCCACCUGCAGAUGAAGUCUUCAGCCCAGGCCUAUUCUAGUGAAUCAUGUUAUUCUGUAACCUGUUCUUUCUUUUUCUUUCUUUGUCUUUCAGUUUUUCAUUUGUUAAUUUUGUCUUUCUGUAUUUCUGUAUUUCUGUAUUUCUUUCUCUUUAUUUUCUUUUUUCAUUUGUAUCUUUCUUUCUUUCUCUUUCUUUCUGUUUUCCAUUUUUUAAUUUUGUUUUACCCUGUCUUUUCUCUAUUCUUUUUUUGCUAUCUUUCUCUUUUUUCUUUUCUUUAAGUUUAUAUUUUUUCUCUUCUUUUCUAUCUCUAUUUGACUCAUCUUUCUUUCUUUCUUUCUUUCUUUCAUUGUCUUAAUGUUUUUCAUGUGUUAAUUUUGUCUUUAUUUCUGUCUCUUUCUCUUUCAUUCCUUUUUUGUUUGUAUUUUUCUCCUCUUUCCUCCUUUCUAUCGUUCUUUCUUUCUUUUGUGUUUUUGUUUUUCUUUCUUUCCAUGUGUUCUUUUUGUUUUGUCUUCUGUCUUUUCUCUAUACUACAUUGCUAUUUUCUUUUUCAUACUGACUUUCUCUUUUAUUUCUUUUCUCUGAGAUUAUUUUUUCUCUUCUUUUCUUUCUCUGUCUAUUUGUCUCAUCUUUCUUCCUUUCUCGCUCUCUCUUUCUCUUUUCUUUCUUUCUUUCUUUCUUUCUUUCUUUCUCUCUCUCUCUUUCUUUUUUGUGUUAAUGUUUUUCAUUUGUUCAUUUUGUCUUUUUCUGUCUUCUUUCUUUCUUUCUCUUUUAUUCCUUUUUUCUGUUUGUAUUUUUCUUCUCUUUCCUCCUUUCUUUCUCUUUUGUGUUUCUGUCUUUCUGUUUUCUUUUUGUUCAUUUUGUUUUGCCUUCUGGCUUUCUCUAUUCUUUCCAUGCUAUCUUUCUUUUUCAUACUGACUUUCUUUCUCUUUUUUCUUUUCUUUUAGUUUAUAUUUUUCUCUUCUCUUUGUUCUCCGUCCCAUCUUUCUUUCUUUCUUUCUUUCUUUCUUUCUUGUUUUUACGUUGGGGAACUCUUUGCCUCUUUACUGAUGGGAAAUGUUCAAAGUAACAAGUAUUGGUAGAGAAGAGGAAUGGCCCUAAAUGUCAGGAUCAGUAAUUGAUCUCAGGACCAGUGCAGCAAAGACUGUAGCCUGAGUCUGUGGUGUACCUGCUCCACCAGAAAAGUUUUUUUUUUUUUGACAAAAUCCACCCCACUGACUUUUGGGCUCUUACUUUUUUUUUUAUUUUUUACCGGCAAUGAUGGAUUUUGGCAGACUUAUAAAUCAGUUGAAAAUGGAGGUGAUUUUCUACUCUGGUUUCAUACUAUCAUGAUUCUCUUCAGCCACAGACUGUAUGAAACAUGGAUGUAGUCUGAGACCAUCUUUCUUAUGAGGCAUGAGGCAUUAUGAAACCAAAUGAUGAUGGAUGCCAUAUUGGAAAUGUUGAUUCCAACUAAUUUCUGGCUGAUCUAGAAACAGAAGAAAGAUGGAAAUGUGCUCUUGAUGUUUAGCUGCAAAUAGCUGAGUUGUUGGUCUAAUCGGCCCCAGAGGUGCUGGUUCUGUGGGUCCUUAUAGGCCCAAACAUCUACAGUCUGCAUUAAAAAGUCACACCGAAAUCUAAUUUUAAGAAUAUAGUAGCUGUGUGUGUCUUUGUGUUAAUGGUUGGUUGUACUUGUAUGUGCCUUGAUCUUCUGCAAUGUUGUUUAAACAAUUACUUUAAUUUAUUUGAUUAACUAAACUGUUUGCCUCUAAACCUGUUAGGUUGUGUUUUAAUAGAUGUGCUGCAACACUAUGGUAUUAAGGUGGUGUCUAAUUUGUUUGGUAUUGUUUGGAGUAGGAUUUACACUCAUGUCAGCAUAUUUAUUAAUUUAGUUUUUGCUUAUCACUCUCCUAAUGUGUGGUUCAAGUCAAACUUUUGAUUUCCAAUCAUAUCUGUCUCAUUAAAAGCUUUGUACUGAUCGUGAAAAGGAGAUUAUGGAAUAGAGCAGGCGCUGAAAGUAGGUCAGAGUCUAAAGUUUUUCAACUCCAGGCAUGUAUGAAUUCAUGUCUACAGUGGGGGGAAGUACAUACAGUAUAAAUCAGGUGAUGAAUGCUGUGAUAGUUUUAGUCCUCAGUGAGUUUUGACUUGUGAUUAUUAGUUGGUAAACCGCCAAUGUCAAUGCCACUGAUGGGAAACAUUGUUGGCAAGAAUCAGGGAUGAAAAUGAUAAUAAUAAAGUCACUCAUCAUUCCAUUUUUAUGUACAUUACAAUCUAAUAUAUAUUAUCUUCAGAACAGAAACAUGUUUUGGUCUGGUUUUUAUUUAAAGCUCCUGUAAGGAGUUUUGUUAUGUUUUUGAAAUUGACUAAAAUUCAUAUUGAUGCCUUUGUGUGACAUACAGGAGAAAAAAGACCUUCAGCGAUAAGACACUGGAGCUUUAAUCUAUGAAACAGAAAUUAGAUUUCAGCAAAAUAUCUUUAUGUCAGAAGCAAUAUGAAAUAAUUUGUGAAUCUAUACCACUAACAUUACCCGGUAGCUGUUUUUAGAUUUGAUGUGUCGGCAUUCCGGAUGGGGAAAAAAAGUGCCAUCAUUUAGAUAAGAUAAUAGUGAUAUCAGCAAUAUUAGCACCAAUGUGGAUGUGAUGCCAGUUAUUUCAAAAUGCAAUUAAUCAUCCCAAUUCACAGACCAACCAAUCAACUGGUUAGCAACAUAGGUGUACGACACUUCCUUACUGGGUACACUUUUAAAACAAAGAGACUAACUCGACUCAUCAUUCAUAGUCUCUGUUUUAACAUUAGCAUGUCAAGUUUAAACAUCAGCAUGAUGAGCAUACUGGCAUGACUAUUUAGCUUGAACCUGCUAGAAUGACUCCUUUUUUCUUAGCAUAAAGGCCUGAUUUAAGGGCUGCAUGUUUGGGUCUGUAACACUUCUGAAGAUAUCAUUUUACAGAGUUAGUCUAACACAGUGGUUCUCAACUGGUGGGUCCCGACCCACAAGUGGGUCGCAGACGGCUUUUGGACGGGUCACGAACAGCUGGUCAAAAAAGUAAAUAUUUAAUGCGACAUUUAUUAGAUAUUUGAUAUUUUCUGUAGAUGCAACUUCAGUAGUUGUCGUCCUCAUGCUGUCUCCUUCAUGUGCUCUGAAAUGCACUUUACUCAAUAAAACAAGUGGAUUUAUGUUAAAGAUUAGAGUCUUUAAAGGUUUUUUUUUUUUUUUAAUAAAAAAUACAUUUGCUUUGUUUGAAUUCUAUAAAAGUAGGUCGCGACUUCAGGACUAUGGGAAAAUGUGGGUCCCAGAGUGAGACCGGCUGAGAGCCACUGGUCUAACAGACCUGUGAAGUGUUUCUUUGUCUGCUAGGCUGGCCACUUUGUAUUUACUCAUGCAGAAAGAAAAAUUAGACAGGUUUUAUUCCAGUCUGCACUUAAGUGAUGGCUUCAGUGUUACCCUAAACAAUCUGCCAGGCGUCAGACAUUCUCACCCUGUGACCACUAUGUCAAAAAAUACAGUCAGCAUGCUGACACUGAGAGCGGAGUCUAGCCAGCCUGUGGACGGACUAUUUCAGCUGCUGAAAACAGACUUUCACUCUUUAUCCUUCAGUAGAUUUGCUUGAGAUUUGUUCCCCCUCUAACACAAUCAUGCCUGCUGUUUAGUCUGCAGCACUGCUGCUCAGAUUGCAGCAGUGAAACUGCAUUUGUCUGGAUCGCCCGAGGCGCCUAGAGUUUCAGACAUCUGUAGAAAUGAUUUAGCAUUUGCGGUUAGUAAAUAAAUACUCUUCCCUGUCCAGAACUUACCUCUGAAAAUACCACACUGGGCUUAAGCUCCGCAUCCAACUAUUAUACAUCAAUGUUCAAGCUGUGGUGGUAAUUAACCCGUCUUUUCUACCUGUUGGGCCUGUAAGGAACCUCUACUGUUUAGUAAUGGAUUCAUAGCAGCCAAUAAGUAAUUUGCAGAUCCAGGAACAGUGUAAUAUUGUAAUUGAGUCAUGAGUAGCUGUGUUGCUUGGAAACUGCACAUAGAGCGUGGUGAGUUCUAUGGAGGAUAGUCUUAUCAAAGAGAUAGAUCUCAUAUAUUCUGGAUAGAUUUAUAUUUUUUACUUAAAUUUGUGCUUUUCGCUUAAGAAUGCAUCAUUUUCUUUGAAUGCUGUAUUUAAAAUACAGUCCCAGUCCUCACUUUUAUGUUUUUUUGUUGUUUUUUUUUUGGUUUAAAAUACACUCUGGCCAGAUGAAAUCAGAGCAACAUCUCACCAUAUCAAACAUCAAAAUUAUAUUCAGCAACUCCUCACAUCUUGAUCAGAAGUUGAAAUGAGGCAGAAAACUAACAACCCUGUCUCGAUCUAAUUGCGGAUGCAGUCUAGAUAUCAAGCUGAGGGUCUUGAAUUGCUCACUAAAUGAUAUGUUUGGACUGAAAGGGGAAGAUUGUCUGAUUUCAUAAUUACCCUGAUCAUACCCCUGUCUGUCCCUCAGCAUGCUAUUAGCAAAUAGGGCCGACUCCGCAGCAGCUUUGCUGUCAGAGGGAAAGCUGCUCUCUGUUAGCCUGUAAGCAGGGUUACAGCACACCUCUUUGAUGCCUGUUAGAGCUCUGAAACUGCUUUCCCUCCAGCGAAGUCGGAACAGAUACAGUGGCAAUUAAUAAUGUGGAUACUUGUCAAAUCUGACAUGAAAACAUUGAAAAUUAAAGCCUGACGAAGUGGAAGAUGUCAGCCUGUGGUGUGCCUAAGUGCUUUGUGGAUUUGUGGAUUCAGUACAGGUGGGAACAUGUGACAACAAGAAGGAUGUAGGGAGCCAAGAAGUGACUCAAAAAAUUGUGUGUACUGAUUAAAAAAAUAUAAAAUAUACAUAGAAUAAAAAACUAUCCUUAAAACCAGUUUUUAAUGCAAAAGAAAAAUAACGAAAAUUUUGAAUGUGUACAAAUGAGAUUAAGGGCUUAGCUAAAAUAAAAAAUAUAUGUUUUUUAUGUAGGGAAGCCAGGACUUAAGGGUACAGUGUCUAGAAACUACAGUGUUCGGGAAUAUUUCGAGGUCAGCAAUAGGGAUUGGCGAUAAAUUAUCAUUCACGAUUUAUCGUCCGAAAAUUCCUUCAUGAUAAAUAUUUGCCGUCUUACGAUAAACGCGAAAAAUGCAAGUUAAUGACGUAAGCGCAAGCGACAGACUCACAGCCAUAGCCCACAUAGAUCAGAAUAACAAACAAACAUGGCCGAAGGUAAUGAAGAAGACAUCUCUGAGCAGCUCGUUACUGAACGAGGAUCCACAUGAGGGAUUUCCUUCAAGAUUAGGGUUUAGAUGAGCGCAGUCAGGUAUGCCUGACAUUGGACAGUGGAUCUGCUCACUCUGUGCUGUAAGAGUUUUCAACAAAUGUUGAAAAUGUUUUCACAUUUGAGUCUUGUUUGAUGUCAUCAGUUUUCUCCAUUACCUACCACAUAAAGGGAUAAAAUUAAUUUAGGGUCAAAGACACCGUAACACCGAGUUAGACACCAGCUCAAGAGAUGAAUCAUUACUUAUCAUGUCCUUGAAGUAAUAAUCAAUAUAUUAAUCAUUUUGCACUGUAGACGCGGUAGUUCUUCUGCCUUAGCGUCUCAGUCUGAUUGCAUUUCCAUGAAGAAAUGAUCAUAAAUGUUCUUCCUUGAGCUGUGUCACCCCGCUGUAGUCCGUAAUGGACUGGCCCGAGGUCUCGCUACAAACAAGCGGCCGCUGGAAGAGAGUAGGUGAGUUGUGUUUAGUCUCUUUGCUAAAGAAAUCAGGCAAAGCUAAAAAGAUGUUUGGUGGCUAGUACUAUGGCUGGGACCCUAUAUGUACUGUUGAUGAAGUUAGGUGCUGCUUUGAGCAUUAUUUGUAGCUAUAGAGUGGCGUUUUGGUUGAGGUUUGUGCAUGGAUACAUAGACCGCUGUGUAUUGCUAUCGUGCGGUCGUUACUAAAGUUGGUAUACAGAAACAAGCGGUCGGCAACAUUCAUCUCUCGAGGGGAUGUCUAACUUACAGUGUGUAAUUUUACACCGGAAUAUCCCUUUAAACUUGUGCUUAAGUAUCUUAUUUGACCUUGCCAACCGGUGUCCUCAAGACAGAAUGAGUCAAAAACAUAAAUUGGAAUUUUUAUAUUUUUUUAUCGUUACUUUUAUCAUAAUCGGCAGAAUGGAAAACUUAUCGUGAUACAUUUUUUAAGCCUUUAUCACCCAUCCCUCGUCAGCGCUCCCUUGCUAACCCCUUAGCUGGAGCUUCUCUGAUGCAUAAAUAUGAUUCUCCAUCAAGUUUUCACUAUCAAAACUAUCUGUCAGUACAAAGUCUUUCAUGCACAACAAUCAGUUUAUUCUUAUUAUUCAUCCUCCAGCUGGUGCAUUUUCAGCAGCAACCCAACUGAACAAAAAGACGAGUAUGGUACCAGUUGGUCCAGUCUGUGCUACAGUAGAAACAUGGCGGCGCAAGAUGGAGGCCUGUGUGAAAAGAGACGUAGGUGUAAAAGGCUAAAGUAAAACAAAAUGAUUUAGUCAUGUUAGCUCCUUAAAAUCUCACCCUGAUUCUCACAUUGCAUAAAUUUUUUUGCAGGGUUCUGUAAGCGCUCCUGUCUAACAACUACCCUGCAGCAGAGGUUUCAGGCGUUAAUAACAACUAUUGAGAAAUUAUCAGUCUUGUCCCUGAGGGUCUUGUUUGCUUUUGUAGGUUUAGAAUUAAUCAGAAUUAAUCUCAGUUUUUUCUCAUAUCCAGAUAAAAAAAACUCCACACAGAGAAGACAUUUCUCUUCAAAUGUACAUUGCUUCUCUUGGGAGGUGUCUUUAUGCUUUUGAAAAGGCAUUAAAUGUAUCUCGUCAUGCUCUCCUCUUCCAGAAUAUGUUAAACCCAGCCGAGGACAAUGGUGAUGCCAGCGUGUAUGAAAUGAUGUGCACCGCAGGUGAGUGAAAGGACUGAUGGGAAGUGGGAGUGGGACAGAGAGAAGCCGGUAAUGGAAUUGUUUUUAUUUUCCAUUAUUAAACCAGUUUGCUGUUCAUUUCCGAUCACUGAAUAUUUUUCCCCGAGCUGAUGCGAGCACCAUGUGGCGCUGCUUCCGAUUAGCUGUGAAAUGACAAAACUUCAUCAUGACUUAUGAGCUGUGGAGCAGUAAACAUUUUCUGCUUUAGGAACUCCCUCUAUGAUAGAUGUAAAGACCGAGCAAGGAGGAGGAGGGGAGGAGAAAAAAGAAGAAGAGGAGGAGGAGGAGGAGGAGGAUAUAUACGCACCGCUCGGGGUGAACGAUGAAUAUGACACCAUCCUAAACUCAACAAAAGCUGUUGUCAUAGCCAAUCGCCCACCAGCGCCCACUCCUCGUCCCGAGAGCACCCAGGUGAAGGAGGACACAACCCCUUACAUCACUAAAGGUACCUCAAAAACUCCUCUUUCUCUUUGAUGCCCCUGAUUCUCCAAACUGCAGUCAUGAUGGAGCUGAUCAGGAUUAGAAACAACACAAAGUUAUGCACAGUAUGUGAAGGGGAGUUGGGGAGAUCAUGUGGGAGGGAGGAAGUGCCUGGAAUGUGCAUUGCCAUUUUGGAGUGGAGUGCUGCUGAAUAGAGCAGGAGAGGCUUUUUUCUUUCUUUCUUUCUUUUUCUUUUUUUUUUUUUUCUGCCAUGCAGUUUGUUUUGAUCCCAUAAACCACAAGAACACGGCCACGCCAUGCUGCAAAACAAACAAAAGCAAGGAGAGGGAGAGAAAAGAGCCAUUUGCCUGCAUCAAGAGCCCACAGCCCCUAACUGUUCAAUUUCAGCAGCAUGAAUAUUUCAUGAAGAUGAAACAUCCAAAAGUGACUGGUAUUAUUAAGGCUUAUAAAUCAUUAAAAGGGGCUGCAACUUCUCUUUUCCACCGCUAAUGCAAACAUGCAUCCACUAUAUAACUAUUAGCACUGAUCAUUUUACACUUGUGCAUUCAAAACACACAUUAUGAUUAAGACAGCGCAACAGGCUCCCUCUCUCUACAAUGCAGCAUUUUAUCGAGCUCCCUCAUAUCCAGUGAGCCAGCUCUCCGUCCAAUGGGACUUACAAAGCAAAACAGAAAUUGAGUGCACCACUGAACUCUCCGCAGCUCUCCCAACCAGAGAGGGAACUACCGGGCUGCCAUCUGCAACCAAUCUCGGCCAAAACCAAGGCCAAGUCAGCCAGAAUAAGUCAUUACACAUGUUUUCCAUCGUCCUUGUCCCCAGAGCGCACGAGAGAAAGAAGCAGAGGGAUUUUGAGGUUUCCAUCUAUUGAGACAGUGGAGCUUCAAACCACACAAGGAUCACCUUCUUUUUUUUUUUUUUCCUAUUUGUUGCUCCUCACUCCCACUGCAGCAGUGAGAGAGAUGUGAGAGAGAUGAGGCUUGCUGGAGGAUUAGGAGAGGAGCCAGUUAUUGGAGACCACUGCACAAAGUGGACAUAAUGAGGAGUUUUCUUUUUGUUAUCUCAAGCUCCAUGAGACUGAAAUACUGAAAAUGUGAAAGAAAUUCAAUCCAGCACAGGCACCGAGAGCAAUGUACACACUCCUGAGUAAUAGCUACAGUCAUGUGACACAUCUGCAGCAGUGCUCCACUCAUUAUUUCAUCUGAAUAAAGCCCGAUUUGUGUUAUAGCGGGAGAAAAAGGUUGUUUGAACAUGAAGUGGAAAAGAGAGACGCUGUCAUGGAUGAAGAAGUCAGAGGCGGGAUUAUCUUGCAGGGUGUGGAUGUUGAAUUCUAAUCCAGCGUUGGUCACAUAGCCGCAGAUUCACCGCCUCCGACAGCUAAACAGUGUAGCCUUUCAUUCUGACAGCUCACUUCCAAACCAAAAGCAUCAUUCAGAGCAGCUAAUUCAAUCCAGGACUGACUCUGUGUGUGUUUUCCUCUGAGAGAAACACGGACGCAAGUCUGGAAAAACAAUCUGCAUUCUUCUUAUUUUAAUAAUAUAUUUACAUUAUUAUUACGUGAGGGGUUUUCUUUUUUUUCCAACAGGAAAAAAAAAAGAUUUUUUUUAAGGUUCAAAGUAAACUGGUUGUACGUUUAUGGUGUAGCACCAUCUUGUGGAUGAAUUGGUGACAUGCAGGCGCUUCUACUCUAUUAUAUAUAAUAUUAUUUAGCAAGAAUAAUGCUGUACUUGCUGAGCAUUUACAUUGUCUAAAAAGUUUAUAUUAUCUGUGAACACUGUGUUUAGUGUUCCAGCAGAAGAAGACACCACAGAGCGAGGCUGAUCUGUAUUCACUUCCCACCAAACAAGGUGAGAGUCAUGAUGUUUCUCAUUUUAAUCUGUAUCAUCGACUGCAUAAAUGGUAGGCAACAUGACCGCUCUCCAAAAGUGAAACCAAAAUUGACUGAUUGACUGCAGAAUAAGUCAUAAAGCCAUUAAGCCCACUUCCUCCUUGUAAUCAGAUGGGAGUUGGAUCAAACAUUAAUGUGGGUCCAACACUUUAGUGGCUUUUAUAUCAUAUUUAAUACGUAAUUUUAUAAUACUUCUAUCAAAUCAAUAUGAUCAACAUAUUACUAAAAAAAAAAAAAAAAAAAAAAAAAAACACAAAAUCAAUUCAGAGUCCCUCGCCUGAAACUGAUUGGAUUUCGCUGAUGCAGAUAUCUAAUAACCGAUGUAUCACAAUUUUAUGCUAUUUUGUGCUCAGUCGAUGCAAGCCAAGUUUAGCUAGUUCAAAGAAGAUGAACGCAAACAUAAGAGUCAUUGAACGUAUGAAAACCAGGAUAUCCGAGUAAUUUCUCAUUGCUUUUAGUUUGGGUAUUUUGGCUUCACUUUUGUCCAGUGGAAGAAGGUGGAAACUUGCAAAUCUUAAAAUGUAGUUUUUAAAAUUUAUACAUGCUUUUUACUUCUACAUGUAUGUAUAAUAAUAAAUUCCUGUAAGAAAGGUUCUAGCCAUGGAAAGUAGUAUAUGUUUUAACUCGUAGGUCAUGAGGUCAUCUGCAUAUUAAAUAAAUAAGGAUAUCACUGUCAUUACUUGUAGCUAAUUAUUUAUACUAUAAAAGAAAGUUCCAUUCAUUAAUUUUAGAGCAAAAGUACAAAAAGUGAGGACCAGUUGGAAGUUUCCAUUUAUAUCUGCUGGAGCUCCCUCCUACAGCCAGCUUUUAAUCCCCAUUCUGUGCAGAGAUACUAUCAUCACAGUGAGAUCUGCAGAUUGUAAUAUUUUUAUUCGGAACAGCAGGGCUUUUAUUGUGCCAGUUAAUUUUUUUCUCCCUCGUGAUUACCUGUUGAAAUAUCCUACUGUGUUGUAUUAGUUAAUGUGAAUUUUAAUAGAUAGUUUUGGGGAAAUUAAUUAAAUUGUAGUGAUCACUGUGGGGGAUUUUGUGAUGGCAGCAGUAAUGAGCAGACAAACAGUAAAAUGAGCAGUAAAAUGAGCAGGUGAGAGAUUCAGACACAUGUGGGCGCCAGGAAGAUUAGAAAAAUACAAGUGUGAGAAAGAAUAAGAGCAGACCUCUCGAUCACGGAUAGUGAUACAGAGAUUUUUUUCUGUUUUUUGUACUUUUGGCCACACAAAGUGACAAAACUACUGUUACUUUAGUCACUUCUUUCUUCAGCAAGUUUAAAUCUAAAUCUACUCAAAUGCAUUUACCUGUUGUUGUUUCUGCAGCACGCGGACGAGAAGACAGCCUCUCCUCUACAUAUGACACCUUUGUGCCGAACCCGAGGAACGGGCUCCAGCAGCUCAUUGAGUUCCAGCAGAGGGUGAAGGCAGGUUCAGUGUCCCUGAACGGGAACCUGGAGCGCUCCAGUGACCUGCAGAGGGGCCAGAAGGGGAUAGAUAGUGCACAGAAGGUAGAGCUAUCACGGACUAUGAUCUCACACAGUGGGCUAGGAAUAAAGAGACAUACAGGACUUUAUUCGUAUUCUCAUGAAAUUGAAGCAUCUGUUGCUGAUGCUUUUCCAAUAUGUAGUCCUCUGAAAAUAGAGCAUGAAAAACAACUCUUUUUGACAGGAGCAGGAAAGCAUACCCAAUUUCAAAGCUUCAUUUAAUUGCUUUUUAAUAAUUAAUGCUAUUCUUAACCCAUUUCAAUUGCUUUUAAAUACAAACAAACAAAAAUAAGGUGCUACAAACCUUAUGGAGCGUUUUGAGUCGUUUUUAAGAUCUUAGUUCUAGUGAGUGCUAGAUCACUUCAUGCGAAUAGGUAAACUAAGGCCUCUGCAUGCAGGAUAUGAAGAGAUCAGCUAAAAGGCAGCAGAGAAAUGGAGGAUGAUCUGAGGACACCUGCUGGAUGUGGAGGGGGUUACAGUGGUUGCAAGAACAGCCAUGUGGCUGUGACGAGGAAGUAAAGGUGCAAAAUCAGAGUAAAAGUGUGCAGACGCCAUGACAGGAGACUGACAUGAUUAUUCAUUUCUCUAAAGCUCCGAGCUUCCAGCUGUCUGAGGAUGUUUUUUUAAUUAAAAAAAAAAGCAUGAGUUGAAACAUCGCAGUAGAAAAAACACACAGGUGUAAGUCAUAAAACUGAUGAUGGCUGAAUUCCAUUUAGCUGCUUCAUUGUUAAUGUUAUUAGUAACACCUGUGCCGUUCUGCUGACUGGUAAAAAUGCAGCUGGGAAAGCGCAUUUUAAAAGUUAUGAGUCGUAAAGGAUGUUAAACAAUGCACUCAAAAGUACAACUAAAAACCGGGGUAUAUUUGAAACAGAUAGCAUAACUCAAAGUCAAAGACAGAGUUGAAGAAAAAAAAAGCAGAGCAUAGGAAACAUCGAUAAAAUACAUGGAGUCAGUCCUGUACAUGUAAAACUUGUAUCACUCUUUUGAACAUGUUUUUACUUCUUUCUUUAAAUAGUGUAGGGUUAUUCAGACUUUAAGAAUAACCGUAUAUAGAGGAUGAGACAUGAGAUACAUUUUAGUGGAUGGUACAAAAAAACUAGAGGGCCAUUCAUCAAAGUACAAAAGGAAAAUGUGUCUUUAGACCUUUAAUGCCUGAAACCACAAAUCAUGGCCAGAAAAUCAAAUUUUUUUUUGGAGCUGAAAUGUUUGUUUGACUUACCACUGAAAACCAAAAAAAAUCAAAAGGUACAUAAAAUGUAACAAAUAUAUUUAUUUAUCUGGUUUGAUGCAUUAGAUGUUCUUGGAAACUGAUAACACAUGAGAGGACAUUUUUAUCUUUUAUCGGACUGUAUCCAGGUGUUUUUUUUAGUAAUUUGUCGAUCAUAUUGAUUUGAUAGAAGUAUCAUAAAAGUAUGUAUCACAUAUGAUACAAAAGCAUUAAAGGGAUAAGGAAUAUUCAUCUCAUUACGACUUUUGUGAUAGAUAAGGUUUCCGAAAGGCAUUAGUUAAUGUUGCAAUAAGGAUAAAAAAGAAAUAAAUAAUUUAACCUUCCUCCUGUGUUAGCUUUUACUACGCACCCACUAUGUUAAUGGUUGGUUUUGACCCGUGUCUAAAAUCAGCUGUAAAUUACACUAAAAACAAUUCUCUAUCAUCCAAUUUGAUUCUCAUCUCUAGAUUACCUUGUUAGGCUUCAUUAUCCAUGAAAAUAUUGAUAAUAGUUUGUGUAGAGGGUCUCUGGGCCUUUCUUUGUCAGUAUGCCCCUCACACAGACAUCUAUACUGAAUUGAUCUCACAUGUCUGGACAUGCCCAAUGUUGUUUUUUGUGCAGGGAAGACAUAGUUACAUGAGAAUUUCCUAAAGCUCACAUGAUCGGAAGAGGAUCUGAGUGUCAGUGUGGCGCCUGCCAGUGCACUUGUGAUUUCAGUUUUUGCUCUAAUCAUUAGAUAUUGAUCUAGGUGAGUCAAAAGCGACCCGAACACCACAAGUGCCAUAAUUUUAAUAAGAGCAUUUUAUAAUUUAGUCAAUAUAUAUUUUUUAUUUCUAUUUUGUUGAAAUAGAGUUUCCUGACAAAGUCAAAGAGUCUUGAUGCAAAAAGCCAAUUUAAGUGUUUUUUUUUAAGCAUUUAAAAUCAAAAACAGAUCGGUGCAGACCCAAACACGAGGGGAGGGUUAAAAGAAAUGAAGUAUUUAAUGCUCACUUUGGACUAAAAGUCUGAUCUUUAUCUCUGCAGGAGAAGUCGAGUCAGCUGAGAGCCAGCACCAUCACCAACAGAGGGGAUAAUAACAGUGUCUACGGUAAAUACUCUCCAUCCUUGACAUGCAGGUUAAACUCUGCUGCCAUCACAGAGAAGCUCCACAGAGCUUUUUUUUUCUUUUCCAGGGACUCGAGUAACAAGUAGCAGCCUCACAAAAUGACUACAUUAUAGUGUAUACAGUAACUGUCUUUGAAAUUCCUCUCUCCUCACAGAUAAAAUCAACAUCAUCCAUCAAACGCCAAGUGAGUCUAUAAAAACUUAUCUCAGUGUGCACAGAGGAAACCUGUGUUUGCAUGCCUUUGUAGUUUCUCCACUCCUGGUUGCAGCAGUGGGGAAUUAAUCCCCAGGGAAGUGUUGCUUAAUCACAUCCCCACUGCCAUGUUUUCAUCUAGCAAGCUUCAACUGCACCAAAUGUAAGCCUUUUAUUUUAUUUCCCUUAAUGGUUUCACUGUAAAGCAUGUGCAUGCUGGGUAAUUUCUCUCCAGGUGUUGCGGUGAAUGGAGGUCGAAGAGGGAGCCAACCGGUGGAGUCGGAUUUUUACAGCAAGCCACUUAGAGGACAGCAUGUGGGUAGACUUUACGCCAUACAUAACUUUUUAUAAAUGUAUUCAAGAAGAGUUUAGAGAACUGUGUGGUUGUAAUGUUGUAAUGCAGUGAGAUGAUCCAAGUAUAUUUUUAGAUUGUUCUUUCUAUCCCUAAUAACAUUUUCAUCUUCUGUCCACAAAAAGCACUUUUACGUCACUUGUCACAUUUACACCACAUUCAUACAUUGAGACACGGCCAUUUUUUACCACUUAGCCUCACAUUUAAACAAUCUGGAGAGAAAAAAAAAUCACAAUUAACACUUAAAUUAAUCUAAUAUGUAACACUAACAGUGUUAACUAAUUCAAUGCGAUGUGAUUGAGGUACUAAAUCAACAACAGCAUGCUAUAUCGUCCUGAGUGGCACUCUGUAGUUAAGCCAGCAUCUUCCUUCUGCUGCCAUGAUGGAAAAUAAUGACUCUUCAGUGCUUUUGAAUUGCACAUUUAACUUUAAAAAAAAAACAACAACAGAUGGCUCCUUUCACAGGUGAAAUAGUAUUGUACACUUUGUGUUUAAUGGAAUUCAAAUACCACCAUUAUAGCUUAAGUUGGAGCUAACACAGUUAAUCAGACUGGAAUCAGUGAGGAGAAGUAUCCCUGAGUUUAGCAGAUCACCUUUCUGCAGAGUGUGAAUCACCACCAGCCCGUGGAUGAAACGACAUUGAAGAAGUUAACAACAGUGCAUAUCAAAAAGUAAAAAAAGACAUUUAUUUUGCAUUUAUAAGAAUGAUUUUAAAACACUGACAUCUCUACAUUUUACAUUUUGAUAGACAGUUAUCCCACUUCCACUUCUACAACCUAACUGUGAGGGAAACUCUACAAUACAAAGGAAAUAAUGUAAUAGUAUAAAAGCAGGGAGGCCUCACCUGUGACAGUUUCUUUCUGAAUGUUUUGCAGGCAAGUUUCUUUUCCAAAGCUGACAAGAGAUGAAGGUGAGACUCAGAAUGAUUUUCAGAUCUGUUUCACUUUGAAUUGAUCGUUUCAGCUGAGAAUUUUUGCAUCCGGAUGAUUGUGUCACUUUUUUUCUGUCUCAACAGGCUUGAUAAUCUGCCAAGACACAACACUUCUGCAAUGAUAUAUGAUAUGAUAUGAUUUGUAAUGAUAUAAUUUGUAAAAUCUUUAACAAAAAUGUUUAUGUGUUCAAGAUUGUGAAAAACUACCUUUUUGAAUACAAAAAAUACAGUAUCCUCCACAGCUUUGAAAAAAAAAAAAUCUAAUUUGAGGCAUUUUAGUCAUAAAUCUUUAACACAGUAAAAAAAAAUAAAAAUAAAAAUAGAAAUUAUUUACAUUCAACCAUAGCAGGUUUAUAUGAGCCUGUUUUCAAAGAGAGAGAUGAACUCAUCUCCCUGCAAAUAGAGGCUUGAAUAUACUUCCAAGCUCUUGCCUCUAGAGGGCGCCCUAUCGCUAAAUAUGUCCAUCAUGCCCACCAUUAGGCGCAACCACAGACAUCUGGUGAGCCCAGAAGCACCUGCUGACCUCCUAAUGGCUGGGAGACGUGCUAUGGGAAAAAAAUGUAUCCAUAUAUAUUUAUGUAUGUAAACGGAGAGUAAAAACGCUCAUACAGCAGGUGAGAACAUCAGGGAAGUGAUUCCUGCUGUGCCUGAAUGCAAACAGGAGAGACAAAUGGAGUUAAAGAUUGGAUUUGAUUUGCCAAAAUGUGCAGAAAUUAUUCUGUAAAUGAUGCACAAUUUGAAUAAAAUGUUGCUCAGAAAAACAGUCACAAAGUAGAUCUAUGAAGCGAUGUAAAAAUGUUCAUAGGAGUUAAAGUUUGAUAAUUUUCAGUGCAGGAAUCUAUGUGUGAAAAUCGGCUUUACUGUGAUGUAUUUUUGAGUUUUCAGGUAUUUUGAAACGACAGCGACUGAAAUCUGAAUUACAGAGAUUUCCUUUAUAUACUUGUCAAAAUUCUGAAUUUGCUGUGAUAUACAAAACUAUUCAGGAAUUGGCACAAAUGCACUCGCUCUUCCUCAUACACACACAGAUACCAGUCUGUUGGUUCAGCCCGGCCUUCGCCUGAAUGAAUGAAUAAGAGCUGCAUGGGGAAUUCAGUGAAUGCACGGCUAAAUCCGAGCCCAGUCUUGAAACCCGGGCAGAGGCUGAGCCGUGUGCCAACAAAGCAGCUGGGUACACGCCGGGCACAUUUUUCUGUUCAAUCAUGCUCUUUGUGAAUAAUAUGUACUAAUGCCGUCCCUACUAAGACCUGCCAGUUAGCCUUUGGAGAUGAUCCGGCUUCAGGACCCCAUGGCAUUUGAGGCAUAUGUUUGCCUGUCACCUGCUGGGUACAUUUCAGUCUAUGCGUCAGGCGUGGCUACAGAGAUAGGCCUUGAUUCUUCAUGUAUGCAAAUAUCCGAGCACUGCCAUGAGGAGUGAUUCACAAUGCAGUGGCAGAAAGAUGACCGAAAAGAGCGCU